CUAUGCCAUGGGUGUCAAACUGGCGGCCCUCCAGCUGUUGCCAAACAAGUCCCAUGAGGCAUUGCAAGAUUGACAGUUACAAGUAUGACUCCCAAAGGCAGAGGCAUGAUGGGACUUGUAGUUUUGCAACAGCUGUAGGGCCACAAGCCUUGGGGGCCCACAUCUUAGGGUAGGGGUGUCAAACUGGCGGCGCUCCAGCUGUUUCGAAACUACAAGUCCCAUCAUGCUUCUACCUGUGGAAGUCAUACUUGUAACUGUCAAUCUUGCAAUGCCUCAUGGAACUUGUAGUUUGGCAACAGCUGGAGGGCCACCAGUUUGACACCUGUGGCUUAGGUCUU